GGUUUAUAACAAAAAUUAAUUCUUGACAUUUUAACUAACCAAUGGAGACAGCAUAUAAGUGCUAAUCCCUUGUUGAUUCCACAAGAAGCCGUCUCAGUUCAAAAUAUCCUAUUACGUGGUACUACAUUAGUCUAAGUCUAGAGACUGAGUAAAAAAGAGAACGAAGGAGAGAGAGAUAGAUAGAUAGAUAGAUAGAGAUAGAUAGAUAGAGAGAGAGAGAGAGGAAGAUAGAGAUAGAGAGAGAGAUAGAGAAAAUGAAGAGUUCAUGUUAGAACUAGAAUAACUUCGAAUAGAAGUCUUUCAAGCGUUUCUGGCGGUCUCGAUAUCUGAAUUAUAAAUCCCCACGAGGUCGUAAAACAAAUGAUUACUGGCGGAUGUAACGCAAUACUGUUGCGGGCGCGCAGCCUCCCUGGUCUCUCUCUCUCUCUUUCUCUCUCUCUGUUUCGUCUCCCACUUCGUUAGAUCGCUCACAAAUCGUCUGGAUAUUCUCACGUUCGAACAAUACCUAUAUAUUUGUACGUUCGCGUGCCGCGAGUGUCAUAAGACGUGAAGAAAAAAAAAAAGAAAAAAAGAAAAAAAAAAAGAAAAAAAAAGAAAAAAAGAGGAAAAGAAAGAAAGAAAGAAAAAAAUAAGAAGUAAAAACAAAAAAACAUAUUUGUAAAGAAGAAAUAUAUGUGUCUGAUUUGUGUGAGAAUUUAUACGAGAUAAGUUUUGUAAUUCAUUAAUCCGAUAUAUUUUUUCACAUCGUGAGAAAUGAUAUUUUAGGAUAAUAUAUUAUAUAAGAUACGAGCGUACACAUAUAACUCAUGGAUAUCUUCUAUUCGAUUAAAAUGAUGGUGAGCAUGAAAAUGCAAUAACUUUGGUGCUGCAUCCGAUACCAAAUAUCAUGAUAUAAAACUUAUUUGUAUCAUAAUGGAAUAUCAUGCAAUACAAAGGCAGGAUUUUGGAUGAAGAAGUUCAUUGAUACGUCAAAUACAGAACAGCAUUGAGUUAACAACAUUUAUCGACUCGGUUCAACGGGGCACUCAUUGUCAGUCGACGUCUAUCGAUCGAUGAUCUCGUUCCACUUUUAAGAAGCGCAAGCGGAGCUUCUAAUCGUCAUACCGAGGAAUGCCGUGGUAUAAGAUCGUACAUAGUGAAUUUCUAGUCGUUAUAAUGCUUUUUCUACGGCGUUCUCCGUUCAUCAAGGCAUACAUUUAUAGAUUAGCGAGAAUGGGGGGUAGCCUGCCAAGCGGAUGGAUGAGGAGGAUUCUCCUCUUCCUCGUUUUGAUAACCGGCGUACUUCUUAUUGCCAUGUACGCGCAUGCACCGCCACUUGCCUCGUUGCAGCCCUUCACGACACGUCGAUUGGAAGAGUUCGAACAGGGCUUCGUAACCUUCUUGGUCGAUAAUGAGAGCACCAAAAAUCCGGAGGAUCGCCUAUACAAGUACUUUGGUGCACCAAGGAAAAAGAAUUCUACCGGACGUGAUGAACGGACAGUCUUUCAAAGUCCCUGGUCAUGGACGUGCGUCGCUGGUCGUUGCGAAAGAAGGGCCGUGAGAUCAUCGAGAAUCUCCUUAGCAACUUGUACAGCUCUAUGCGGUGGUAAUACUCGUCUCUUGUGGCCUAGACCUACAGGGAACAUCAUCCUUGGAGAUGAAAGUGUUACUAUGCAUUUACAGCAGAUAGAAUUUGUCACAGUAAACACGAGCGAUCGAGACGUAAAGACUUUGUUGGAAUAUGCCAAAGACGUUUUCUUAGGAAACGUAAGAAGUCUGAUUCGAGUGGCAAACGUCAAAGGUAAAUCAGGAAUCGAUAGUUUUCUGAUAUAUUUAAGUGCUGGUAAUUCACGUGGGACCAAAUUAACCAUGGACACGGAUGAAUCUUAUACGCUCGAGCUUAUUUUAAAGGGUAAGAUUUUGGAAGCUCGGAUAACAGGAAAAAGCUAUUACGGUGUGCGCCACGGCCUUGAGACACUUGGACAAAUGAUCUGGUGGGACGAGAGCGCCGAAAGGCAAGGUUCUCUACGUGUACUCUCUCGUGCUUCGAUCGAAGACAAGCCAGUUUUUUCAUAUCGUGGUCUACUCGUCGACACAGGGAGACAAUUCUUCGGGAUCAACCAGUUAAAGAGGCUGAUCGACGGUAUGGCUGCCUCGAAACUGAACACCUUUCAUUGGCACCUAACGGAUUCUCAGAGCUUCCCCUUUGACUCGGUACAGUUUCCGGAAAUGGCGAGGUGGGGCGCUUACAGUGGCGAUCAAGUUUACACGCCGGAUGACAUUAAAGACUUCGCUGAUUAUGCAAGAAUUCGAGGAGUCAGGGUGCUCGUUGAGAUAGACUCUCCUGCUCAUGCUGGUGCUGGUUGGCAAUGGGGAGCGGAACAUGGGUAUGGUGAACUAGCACUUUGCGUAGAUCAACAACCUUGGACGUCUUACUGCGGUGAACCAAACUGCGGUCAGCUAAAUCCGAUAAACGAGCAUUCGUAUAGGAUACUAGAGGGUCUCUAUAGGGAGUUGUUAGACCUGACCGAAGUACGGGAUAUCAUUCAUCUUGGGGGAGAUGAGGUGAAUCUCGAUUGCUGGGCACAGUACGGAAAUAUAACCGCGGCGAUGCAAGCACAAAAUAUGACCGAUCAUCAUGCUAUGUGGGCGGAAUUCGAAACGAAAAUGUUCCAACGAUUGGUUAAGGCAAAUCAUGACGAGAUACCGAAGGCAGUCAUUUUGUGGAGUUCUCCACUCACGAAGCGUCCAUAUAUUACGACGUAUUUUGAUCCAAAGAUACAUGUCAUUCAAUCUUGGGGUGGUAGCAAUUGGCUUGAAACAUCGGAUCUUUUAGAAGAUGGUUUUCGAGUGAUAUUGUCACACGUGGACGCUUGGUACUUGGAUUGCGGAUUUGGUAGAUGGAGAGAAACCGGUGAAGCUGCUUGUGGCGAGUAUCGUACCUGGCAAACGGUUUACAAUCAUAGACCUUGGAAGGAGUAUCCUCAGCAGCAGAUGAAUCUAAUUCUCGGUGGUGAAGCUGCAAUUUGGAGCGAGCAAAUGGGUCAGGCGUCCUUGGGACCACGAGUAUGGCCAAGAGCAUCGGCUCUCGCCGAAAGAUUAUGGAGCGAUUUACCAACCAAUGGUUAUUCCACCGACGAGGGUGUGUACACGAGGUUAGCAGCUCACGUUGAAGUGUUAACGAGUCGAGGCAUCAAGACGGAAGCCAUGUGGCCACAAUGGUGUUCUCAGAAUCCCGGCAAAUGCCUCUGACCGAUCGUUAGAUGAUUAAGAACGAGCAUUAUUCUAUUACAUGGAUCGUGGAGAUCAAUUGCGACGAGAGAACGCUAGAAAAACCAAAAUGGAUGGCCAUCCCUCUCAACGGAACGUCGAUAAAUGAAAGAAAUUAAAAUUGUCUGAGUAGGUCGCUAUAAUUUUCCAAUAAGACAUCGAUCGAGUCACAUCGAAGUGAUACUCGUAACUGCCAUGAAUACUCGUGUUGCCUACGAUAUUGCUGCACGACGUGACGACGGAACGACGAUCCGCGAUAAUAAUGGCCUCUUAGAAAAUAAGAACGGAUAAACCUUGACGUUUUUUGAAAGAUCAAGCAAGACUAAGAAGAAUCCUUCUUCCGGUCGCGCGCGCACUCUUAACGGACCGGUACCUAUCGAUCGAUUUCGAAGGAACGUCGCGUUAAUCAGCAAAAUUCUAUGAUUCUGUUAUCUUUUUUGGAUAUUUUAAGGGGUUUGGAAAACAUACAUAUGUAUAUGUAGAAUGAAAGUAUAAGAUAUAUUUUAAAAAUAUAAUUACACUGAUUGAUUUCAAAAUUAUCUAAUCACAUCUUAAAUGAGAUAACAGUGAAUGAUUUUGUAAGAUAUAUUUCUUCGAUAUAGUGAAAGUAUUUUUCUUUUUCUUUUUCUUUUUUUUUUUUGUUCACGAUACACCGAGCACAGGAGAAAAAACAAGGAUAAUGUAGUUUCUUCGAAUUAACGGAUCGUUUAAUUAUAAGAAACGAAUAGAAAGUACUAUGCAGUACUGAAAAGAAGUCUCGCGAGAUGGCACAAGGAAAGGGAGGGGGGGAUAACCUGACGUUCCAUUCCAUCUGGACCUUUGAUAUUCCCGUAAUCCCUACAGUACGUCUUGUUUAAGGAAAGAUUUAAAAUAUGAAAAGAUCCUUUAAGAUGAACGUGAGAUAAGCUUUGUGUGUACAUAGUAUCGCUGUAUGUAAGUGUAUAACGUGGUAUGCGAUGUUAUUGUAUUAAGAUUUAGAUUAAUCAUGCUGUGGUGAGGUGAUGAGAGAAGUAAAGGAGAGAAGGAAAGAAUGGACAGAAGAUGUAACGUGACAAGACGAGACUUUUUUUUUUUUAUAUAUACACACCGGGUGUCUCCUUUUAAUAUUUUUUUUUUCUGUUCGAAGUGCCUUUUAAGCUGUUCAAUCGUCUCGCGCAACGCGAUCUCGUUAUAGUGCGUGCGCGUGACGAUCGCGUGUACGUUCCUACAUUCUGAUAAGGAAAGGGGUGGAAGAUCUAGAAAGAUGACAGGAAUGGGCACGUAAUGUACGAACGAUAUAGUGCACACCGAACAUUUAUCUAUCAUAAGAUUACUGGACCGAGGCAUUGCACUAGCUAUCUCGUUUUAAAUCUUGAUUCUUCCUUGUUUAAAUUUUAAAAUUCAGAUAAAUGAAAAUUUUUUAAUAAUAUUUGCAAGUUUAUCUUUGCAUUUCCCAAACGAGUUUUAAUCUUUCGUCAUAUUUAUACGUCGUUUGAUUGUUAGAUUCUUAGAUCAUUGAUAUCUACGAAGGAUCAAUUAUAUAAAACGAUCAUAGCUUUGAAGGCCAGUUGAAAUCUUUGAAAAAGGUACUUUCGUCCAUUGACUUAAAUUUAUACAAAGUGCUCGUGUUAGCUUUGUUAGCCAAAUCUCGAUGAAAUAUAUAUACCAAAUGUCAAGCAUGUUAUUUGUUGGUGAAUCGAAAAACUUUUUUAACUAAUUGUUAGAAAUCAGUUCGAGAUACCAAUGUAACAGAAAUUGCUUGUAUGUAGGUACUAGCGAACAAAUUGAUAAUAACGUCGCUAAUGUUUAGCGUGAAAAUAUAUUGUGUUGAUAUCUUUUACUAAUGUUUUAGGAUAAAUGUUGAGAUGGAAAGAUUUGAUGCAGAUUUACUUAUAAAAUAAUAGCGAACAUUAUAUUAAAAAAGACCAUAUUGAUGAUGAAUACGUUGAGAUUUUAGAUCCUUUUAUCGUUUUAAGACAGCUUCGCUGCAUUAUUAGAGACGCUCUAUUUGCAUUGGUCGAGGCCGGUGACAAGAAAUCGAAACGUGAGUUUUAUUUUAUGAUGUAGUUAAUUAAUUAAAAAAAUUCGUAUUAUUCCGACUAAUGAACGUGGGACAAAUAGAAAUAAGAAUGACUACUUGCGUAUGUUUCUUAUCGUCCCUUUUAUAAGCACAAUAUAGAAUUCUGUUGUCCGACAAACAGAGUCACGACUGUUCUUAUUGAAAAUAAGAUUCAUUUUUAUGAUAAAUAUUAAAAAUAUUACAAAUAAAUGAAUGUAAAAGGUGAUUCUUACGACCGGCCAUCCCGUGUUCAGUUUCCCGAGUGAAAUAUAACGAAACAAGAAUAGCGUUGUAGUUUUUAAGUGUUUUUAGGAAUGGUAUAAUAUUCGCAAAUCUUUAGUAGGAGAAAGGAUCCGUGUUAUAUUCUUAUAUCGGCACUUCUUUCUCCCUAUAUUGCGAUAUCGAUGGUGAAUUUAACGUGUGAAAGUAUUAUAAAUAUCGUGUACAGAUACGAUCAGAAAAAAGUUGUACUCAUAGAAAAACGAAAAGAGAAGGAGAUAAUAAUAAUAAUAAUAGGAAUUAAUUAAAGAAAAAAAAAAGAAAAUAAGAAAAAGGAAAACCAGUGAAAAAAAAGAGAAAAGAUAAGAAAAGAAAAGAAACACGAAAGUACUGUACUUACUGUUACUUACUGACAUUGAUAAUCGUAAGCGAAAUAAUUAAGACAGGUCCUUGACUUUAGCCAAUGAAAUUAUUCGCGACGAUUUAGCUAAACAAAUGAAAUAUAUCGUUCGAUGUUUUCCUACUCCGCCUCGUUAUGGAAUGAGAAGAUUGGGAGAAGGAUGGAGAGCGUUAGAUGAAACUAUAAAUACAGACACAAAUAGUAAUAGUUAAUAUAUUAUAAAUAAAAGAAAUCAUGCGUAAUAUUGAUGGGGACGUAUUCCUGCGUUUAUACGAUUAUUGGUUUUCAAUGGCAAAAAUGUGCAUAUACAGAAUGAUCGUUUCAAGAAAGAUAUACUCUGUUACAAAAUGCGAAUAACAAAUGUUUAACAUAAACUGAAUUUUAAUACGA